CGCCUUGGCGUCUCCGCAUAAUCGUAACCUCGUGUUCUCUGUCCAGCUCCCACUACCUCACCAACAUUACCAUUGACUCCAUCGGCAACUACUCCAUCAUUGCACCCACAUCAUCUCUGCUGCUUCCAAAUUGGCUGCAGCUCGCUCAAGACAGGAAGCUUGUAUAGAUCCGAGCCUUCCUCUGCAUCAGGGACGUCGGCUUGCUCCUCAGAAGGUUUGACGAGCGAGCUUUCUUUACUUAAAGCCAUUUCUUCUGCCUCGAUAUUCUACCCUCCCACCCAACCAACAACUUCCAUUCUCUCUCUCCGACAUACCGCUCCACCUGCACAUAUCACCAGCACAAUCACCAGCACCUGGUGGCAUCUCGCGCUUUGAGACGCCGCCUUUCCGAUCCUUCCUCACCCACACGCCCAAUUCAAUCUCUCCCUUCAGCGUUCGACGACUCUGCCUACCUACCUUCCGCACCCUCAACCGCACCCGCACAGUCGCAACCCCAUCCCAUCCGCCAUCACCAGCACGUUUCCCUUCACAGCCCCCCGCUGUACAUAACGUGGAAAGAACCGAUUCAAAUCAAAUCAAAUCAAAUCAUCUCAGCACUUCGCUUGAGCUAUAGCCUGGACUGUGAUUCUUGAUAUCCAUCGUGCAAUUCUCAAUCGAGCAGGAAAUAAUGUCUGCCUCCCCUACUAUUGCGGCUUCUUCGGCCAAGCGGCCUCUGGAGGAGCCUUCUUCUCCUACCGGCCCCAACGACCAGCCCGAUGCCAAGCGACCUGCCCUUGACAAAAUGGUCAAGGACGACCAAGAUGCUGAAGAAAUUGACACGGCGCAGCCUGUCAAGGGUGAUAGUAUCUCGACCGAUGACAUCAAUGCGGCAGCUGCCAAAGCUGAAGAGUCUGCUGAAGCUCUCAACUCUCAGAAUGGUGCCAAAGGUGGGCCAGACACUACGAUGCAGAAUGCUCCGCCGUCCGUCACCCCGCUCGAGACGCAGCCCAUUCUGUCUACAUCUAGCGUUAAUGGCCGUUCCUCCGCUCACCAACAGCAAGACGAGACUAACUGGUUGCACUUGCGCGCCUGUAUUGGUACCAGCGAAGCCGCUACCAUCAUUGGCAAAGGCGGUGAGAAUGUUACCCAGAUUCGACGUCUCUCGGGUGCGAAGUGCACUGUGAGCGACUAUUCUCGUGGCGCAGUCGAGCGCAUUUUGACCGUGAGCGGUCUGGUAGAUGCAGUCUCCAAGGCUUUCGGCCUCAUUGUUCGCACCUUGAACCAAGAAGAGCUUGAGGCUCCAUCGACAUCCACCUCCAAGUCCUAUCCUAUGCGCUUGUUGAUUCCCCACGUUCUCAUCGGCUCCAUCAUCGGCAAGGGAGGUAUCCGUAUCCGAGAGAUUCAGGAAGCUUCUAAUGCCAAGUUGAAUGCCUCGGAUUCCUUGCUUCCCAACUCCGGUGAACGCUCGCUUGUAGUGCUUGGUGUAGCGGAUGCGGUUCACAUCGCUGUGUACUAUGUCGCCCAGACUCUUGUCGAGCAGCUGACAGAGCGUUUUGGUGGUCCAGGAGCCUCUCAGUACGCGACUAGGAGCGGCACAGCUGCCAAUGUCAUUCCUGGUGGCAUGUCUGUUCAGCCCUAUGUUCCCCAGCCAGCUGGUGGUCAAUAUGCUUACCCCGAUAACUAUCGCCGUCAUGCUAACCCAACCCAACGCACUCCGGUUCACGGUGGUGGUCCUGCACAGCCGUACAUGCAACAGCAGCCGCAGCAAGCUUACGGCCAGCCUGCUAUGCCUUAUGGAGCUGGUUCGCCCGCUCGUGGAUAUCACGGUGGCCCUGGCCCACAACAAACCCCAUAUGGAGGACAUCCUGCCGCUGCUGCUGUCCCGCAUGGUGCACCGUCUGCUCAACAGGGUGUCCAGAUGCCUGGUCAACCUCUUACCCAGCAGAUUUUCAUCCCCAAUGACAUGGUUGGCGCGAUCAUUGGUAAGGGUGGGGCUAAAAUCAAUGAGAUUCGUCAAUUGAGUGGCAGUGUUAUUAAAAUAAAUGAGCCGACCGACAACAGUAACGAACGCCUGGUCACGAUCACCGGUACACAAGAAUGCAACCAGAUGGCUCUGUACAUGUUGUACUCGCGGCUCGAAUCCGAGAAACACCGAAUCUGAGUGUGUGGUAUAAACCUCCACGCGUGCACAUAAAAGACCUAUGCAAUGGUUGCAACAGAACGGGAUGGGCUUUGUUCGAUGGGCAU